CCGAGUGCUCGGUGCAGCCAUCAAUCAGCAGGCGGUGUGCUUGACGUGCUGUGCCUUCCCCUUGUCCUCAGAAGAUCACAAGCUCCAGACGGCACAGCUCCUGUCCCUACUGCUGCCAUCAGCGACUUCCAAACUUUCCCCUCUCAUGCGGCAGGGCACGCAUCGCCUGCCCCCCACAGCCUGAGUUGUCUGCCUCAGGGGCUCCAGCAGCCACCAUGCCCCAGCUGAGCGGCGGCGGAGAGGAGGACCUGGGCGCCAGCGAUGAGAUGAUCUCCUUCAAAGACGAGGGCGACCAGGAGGAGAAGAUCCAGGAGAAUGCCUUCACUGAGCGCGACCUGGCCGAUCUCAAGUCAUCGCUGGUGAAUGAGUCUGAGGCUCCCGCCGACCACCCGGAGGUAAGCCCUGUGCCCGGGCUCCUAGCCCCCUGCCCCGCAGACCACACAACUUCUCAACCCCUGCUGUCUCCACAGGCGAUCCGGCGGGCACAGGAUGCGCACAGAGUUUAUCAGGAGAAGCUGGCAGAUCACAUGGAAGAUGGCCUUAAACAUCAGGAAGAGCCCAUGUACAAAGGUUCAGGAUAUUCCAGCUAUCCAUUCCUUAUGCUGUCUGAUCCCUAUCUUUCUAAUGGAUCUAUGUCUACACUGUCCAGUAAGGUUCCUGUGGUGCAGCCAUCGCAUGGGGUCCACCCUCUCACACCUCUCAUUCCAUACAACAACGAGCCAUUCAGUCACAGUUCCCACUCGCCACAUCUUCCUGCAGACCUCAACCAGAAACAAGGUGCACACAGACCUCCCCAAACACCAGAUAUUCCUGCAUUUUAUCCUAUUCCUCCAGGAGGUGUUGGACCAAUUUCACCUUCCAUGGGCUGGCAAAGUCAGCCUGUCUAUCCUCUAUCUUCUUGUGGAUUUAGACAGCCAUAUUCACCAGCACUAUCUACAGGUGCAUCAUACUCCAGGUUUACCCAUCCCCUAAUGCUUGGGUCUGGUGUACACACAACAGGAAUUCCUCACCCAGCAAUAGUGCCUCACUCAGGGAAUAAAGACAUGGAAUGCUAUGACAGGGGCAUGAAACCUCACUCGGAACCAAAAAGAGAAAGAGAACCCAAGAAGCCGACCAUAAAGAAACCACUGAAUGCUUUUAUGUUAUAUAUGAAAGAGAUGCGUGCGAAGGUUAUUGCAGAGUGCACAUUAAAAGAGAGUGCGGCUAUUAACCAGAUUCUGGGAAGGAGGUGGCACGCACUAUCCAGAGAAGAACAGGCAAAGUACUAUGAACUGGCUAGGAAAGAAAGGCAGCUCCAUAUGCAGCUCUACCCUGGCUGGUCUGCGCGGGACAACUAUGGAAAAAAGAAACGAAGAAGCAGAGAAAAACAUCAGGAUUCCGGCUCAGAUCCUGGUUCCCCUAAGAAAUGCAGAGCUCGCUUUGGCCUCAACCAACAAACGGACUGGUGCGGCCCAUGCAGAUAACUCUCUUCACUGUUCUUAGGAGGAAAAAGAAGUGCAUUCGGUACUUACAAGGAGAAGGACGCUGUGGCAGCCCACUUUCUUCCGAUGGAAGUGCUGUAGACUCGCCUUCCCCUCCAGUGACUUCACUCCAAUGCAUAUCAAGUUCUGCUUAUUCUUCUUGCAAGCUUACUAUCCCAGCUGAUUCUGCACAAAGUGAGCAAAAGUGUUCUCUGCCCGCUUCUAUUAAGGCCAUAUCUGCACAGGUAACUACUGGACAUAGAACCACAUCUCAUCCAUCGAAUGCCUCUGAGGAGUCCGUGGCAGGAGUCAGUCCUACCAUCUUGGCAACAUAACGUUUUGAUGGGCUCGCCCUCCCCCUUCCCUCUGCCGUUGACUAUGCUGCAUUGGACACUUUUCUGAGCCUAUAUACUGAGACUUUCUGAAGACAGAGCUCCAGAACACAGUUUUGUCUACCAUCAUCUGAAUCAAAAGAGAAGAAGAGAGUAGAUUUUCUGAGGAACAUUGCUUUGUUUUUCUCCUUUAUGCUUAUUUUUUAUUCUGCCAAUGGACUUGUUUAACUAAUCUUUCUGAAAUCCUAUUUUUAUUUUAAUGACAGGACAAUCUGUUCGUUCUUGUAUUUCCAGAAGUAUAUGUAUUUCUGUAUUGUUUACAAAUGUUUGGCCAAGCAGGAUUUAUUAAAAAAUAGCACUUGAAGCACA